AUGGUCAACAUUUCCGUGGGUGCACGAGGAAGAGACGGCAAAAUCAUACGAAUUACACGUGACACUGAUACUUCUACAUCGUCUGCGAUGAAUCCCCCAGAGAGGAUUCGACCGACAGCUUCAAGGAGAAGAAGAUGGGUGAUCAUCGAAGAUGACGGUGAGAGACAUCAUGAUCAUGUGGAUGUACAUGAGCAGGAGGAAGCUGUACCUGCUCAUGAGGGAGAGCAUAUGGAGGAGGGGCAUGCUAGAGCUGAGGGACAUGGUGAGCUCACACGGUAUCUUGGAGGAUCUUGUGAUCUGUCUGUCCAUACACGAUACCGUUAUCAUGUUUCAGCUAGACUAUGGUUUGGUGAAAAAAUGCAACAAUUUACUCCGCCAGUACUUCCGCGAACCAUAGAGAACUGGGUGAAUUUGUCAAGUUUGAACCCGUUACAACGGGGUAGUUUGAAGAUGAUCGACAACAACCCGAUAUCUGCAUUUGUUGAAAGAUGGCAUUCCGAGACAUCGUCAUUUCACAUGUCAUUUGAUGAAAUGACGAUUACGUUGGAUGAUGUUGCUAAUAUUUUGGGAUUGUUUAUUAUGGGUGAGUUCUACAGUCCAACCGAUGUAGAUAGAGUAACGACAUGUAAUCUUGUUGUCACUCUAUUAGGAGUGACCACGACAGAGAUCUGGGAGGAGACCAUGAAGACUAGAGGUGCGCACUAUAGACUGAAUUGGUUGAAGGAGAUCUUCAAAAGGCAGUGUGCAGCAGAGAGAUUUGACUGUGUUGCUAGGGCAUAUAUGUACCGGAAAACUUAA